AUGGAACAAUUGGCGUCUCAUUAUGAAAUAAAUGAUUGUUUAAACAAACUAAUUGCACUUGUACCACAAAUACGUCAAAGUCCAAAUUCAUUAUCAGAAUUACAAUUUUUGCAAUAUAUCGUAGAUUAUAUUAGUUUUUUAAAUUUACAAUUGAAUAAUGAAUAUUCACAAUAUAAUGUUAAUAUUUCAUCCAUUCGUCGUUAUUCAAGAACACCACUUUCACCGAUAAAUCCAGAAUGUUAUAAUAGUUUAGAUAUCUGUACAAGAAUUGAAAAUUUGAUUAAUAAUCCAUAA